GGUCUUCUGUUUGUCGUGCCGGUGGUCUCGAUGUUCGUCUUCGCUCUUGCUCUCCGCCGGCCGUUUCUACCCCCUCUCACUGCACCUCUCUGCCCCGCUCUCUCUCCGUCUCCGUCUCUGCCUCUCUCUCCAUCUCUCUCUCUCUCUCUCUCUCUCUCUCUCUCUCCCUCUCCCCGUCUCUGCCUUGACCAUGUAUGUGUUUGUCCGAUUGUCCUUCUGAAUAAGUGUCUUGUCCCUCUCUCCUCCGUCUAGUGUGUGUCUAUCUCUCUGAGUGUGACUCUCUGUCUGUCCCUGACCCUGCCUCUGUCUCUCUCUCUCGCUCGCUCUGUUUCUCUGUCUGUCUAUACGCGUCUCUCCCUGUGACUGACACUCAGCUCUCUUUUUCUCACUCUGUGCCUGUGCGAGUCUCUCCCUGAGACUGACACACACGCACUCUCUUUCUCUCUUCUGUUUAUCUGUGUGUCUGUCUCACUAUGUGGUUUUCUCUCUCACCGCAUGUAUUUUUCUUUCUGCGUCUCUGUGUGCGCGUGCAUGUGUGACACUCUCUUGUUUUGCUGUCUCUCUCUCUGUGUAUAUAUCUCACUACGUGUGUGUCCCACUGUGUGCGUUUCUCUCUCUCUCUGCCUCCUUCUGUGUUUGCAUUCACCUGUGUACCUGUUUCACUUUGCAUUUCUGUCUUUCUCCUUUCACAUGCUGUCUCUCCCCCGCACACGAUGUCUUUCACUCAUAAGCUCCCCUUUACACGCUCUCUCCUUCACACGAUCUGUUCCUUACACGCUUUCUCUCCCUCACAUGCUCUCUUUCACACACUUACUCCCUCUCCCUCUCUCCCUCUUCCCCUCCCCCCACCCCCCGAUGGGAGGGAUUGAACGGGUAAACUGGAAGAUUAGAGACAUAGGCUCUUGCACACAGGGAGGGAGCGGCUGGCGAGCACACGUGUGAUUUUCUGUAUUCAGCCACUUUAUCUGUUCUCCCCCGUCUGGGCCAGCGAAUGUUAACUCUUUCCUCCAGCACUUGUGGUUGUGCAUUGUGGCUAGUCUAAACGAUCGUGCAUGUGUGUGCGUGCGAGAGCGAGUGAAGGUGUUUCAAAGCUGUUUCAACCAGUAUCUGUGUAACAGGACCUGGGUAUUUCACCAUUUUACUUGUCGUGUUUAUUUCGGCUGCUGUCCGAGACUCGAUUCAUCGAAAGAUCUUUACGAUCAGGAUUUUUUUCUCUGUGUUCAUUUUGAAGUCGCUACCCUUCCCACUGUAUGAGGCAACCUCCUCUCUGUCCCUGGGCAGAAUGGUGUUCCCUCCUCCACCAACACAGCACUACCCCCGUCUCGCUCUUCCAGCAACAUGGCGCUGUCCUCACAGCUCCUCCAGCAACACGAGACACCCUCGUCCCCUCUCCUCCAGGAGCGAGGCGUUUCCUCCUCUUUGCUCCUCUGGCAACGCAGCGUUCCCUCGUCCCCGCUCCUCCUGGAACGAGGCAUUCCCUCGGCUCCUCUCCACCAGCAACGCGACGUACCCUCGGCCCCACUCCUCCAGGAACGAGGCGUUCCCUCCUUCCCGCUCCUCUGGCAACGCGGCGUUCCCUCGUCCCCACUCCUCCAGGAACGUGGCGUUCCCUCGUCCCCGCUCCUCCAGGAACGAGGCGUUCCCUCCUUCCCGCUCCUCUGGCAACGCGGCGUUCCCUCGUCCCCACUCCUCCGGUAAUGCGGCGUUCCCUCGUCCCCACUCCUCCGGCAACGUGGCAUUCCCUCGUCCCCGCUCCUCCAGGAACGAGGCAUUCCCUCGUCCCCGCUCCUCUAGGAACGAGGCGAUCCCUCGACCCCGCUCCUCCAGGAACGAGGCGUUCCCUCGUCCCCGCUCCUUCAGGAAUGAGACGUUCCCUCGUCCCCGCUCCACCAGGAAUGAGGCGUUCCCUCGUCCCCUCUCCUCCAGGAACGAGGCAUUCCCUCGUCCCCCCUCCUCCAGGAAUGAGGCGUUCCCUCGUCCCCUCUCCUUCUGUAACGCGGCGUUCCCUCGUCCCCACUCCUCCAGGAACGUGGCGUUCCCUCGUCCCCAUUCCUCCAGGAACGAGGCGUUCCCUCGUCCCCGCUCCUCCAGGAACGAGGCGUUCCCUCCUCCCCGCUCCUCCAGGAACGAGGCGUUCCCUCCUCCCCGCUCCUCUGGCAACACGGCGUUCCCUCGUCCCCACUCCUCCGGCAACGCGGCGUUCCCUCGACCCCACUCCUCCAGGAGUGAGGCGUUCCCUCGUCCCCACUCCUCCAGGAACGAGGCGUUCCCUCAUCCCCUCUCCUCCAGGAACGAGGCAUUCCCUCCUCCCCGCUCCUCUGGCAACACGGCGUUCCCUCAUCCCCACUCCUCCAGGAACGAGGCGUUCCCUACUCCCCGCUCCUCCAGGAACGAGGCGUUCCCUCCUCCCCGCUCCUCUGGCAACACGGCGUUCCCUCGUCCCCACUCCUCCAGCAACGCGGCGUUCCCUCGACCCCACUCCUCCAGGAGUGAGGCGUUCCCUCGUCCCCACUCCUCCAGGAACAAGGCGUUCCCUCGUCCCCUCUCCUCCAGCAACGUGGCAUUCCCUCGUCCCCACUCCUCCAGGAGUGAGGCGUUCCCUCGUCCCCACUCCUCCAGGAACGAGGCAUUCCCUCGUCCCCACUCCUCCAGGAACGAGGCGUUCCCUCGUCCCCACUCCUCCAGGAACGAGGUGUUCCUUCGUCCCCACUCCUCCGGCAACGCGGCGUUCCCUCGACCCCACUCCUCCAGGAACGAGGCGUUCCCUCCUCCCCGCUCCUCCAGGAACGAGGCGUUCCCUCCUCCCCGCUCCUCUGGCAACACGGCGUUCCCUCGUCCCCACUCCUCCGGCAACGCGGCGUUCCCUCGUCCCCACUCCUCCGGCAACGCGGCGUUCCCUCGACCCCACUCCUCCAGGAGUGAGGCGUUCCCUCGUCCCCACUCCUCCAGGAACAAGGCGUUCCCUCGUCCCCUCUCCUCCAGCAACGUGGCAUUCCCUCAUCCCCACUCCUCCAGGAGUGAGGCGUUCCCUCGUCCCCACUCCUCCAGGAGUGAGGCGUUCCCUCGUCCCCACUCCUCCAGGAACGAGGCGUUCCCUCGUCCCCACUCCUCCAGGAACGAGGCAUUCCCUCGUCCCCACUCCUCCAGGAACGAGGCAUUCCCUCCUCCCCGCUCCUCUGGCAACACGGCGUUCCCUCGUCCCCACCAGGAACGAGGCGUUCCCUCCUCCCCUCCCUCGUCCCCGCUCCUCCAGGAAUGAGGCAUUCCCUCCUCCCCUCCCUCGUCCCCGCUCCUCCGGCAACGCAGCGUUCCCUCCUCCCCGCUCCUCCAGGAACGAGGCGUUCCCUCCUCCCCACUCCUCCGGCAAUGCGGCGUUCCCUCGACCCCGCUCC